AAAGACAUCUACUCACUAGUAGUAGUAGUAGUAGAAAAAAAAAAAAAGAAAAAGAAAAGAAAACAGAAAAAGCUCAAGUUUGGUGUGAACGGAGAUGUUUUCACCUCUGAGCGGCGGACAAGUUUAAAUGUGCCGCGUUUCUCUCCUAGGUGAGGAUAAAACAGUCCAGACUCUGCUGCUUUUGUUGUUAUUUUUCUUCUUUUUUUCUCUCUUUUCCUUUUUACCGGCAGUCUGAGUUAAGCUUAUGACUUUUGACACACUCCGGGAGCGACGCUGCAAAUGGGCGGCAUAGGUGGCAGCCUCUACCUCAGCAUGUUGAAUGGGACUGAAGCGCAAACUCUCGGAAAGAGCGUCGACAUCAGCAGCCACCUCCACCGCGGCGGCAAGGAUCUAGCCGAGUUCAAGAUGGGCAUCCAGGACACCCGCUUCUACUAUCCGGACUCGGUUCAGGGCGGCCAGGACCCGCUGGCCCUGCCCUACCACACGGACCAGACAGUGGGGGGCUACGGGGCGCCAGCCGGCAGGUUUUACGCGCAGAGCUUGAGCGGCUGCCCCUACGGCGGGGUGCGCUCUCCGCAAAGGAGCGGCGCCGGGCAGGGAUACGUCCCCGCGGCGGGAGAGGGGUUCCCCACUGGAGGUAAAGACCCGGUGUACUCCCCCUCUGCGGAGAACUACCCGGGCUUCCAGCACGGCUAUCAGCGGCCUCUCUACCCUUUACCUGGGCUGCAGGUGUGCGGGAAGACCCAGGUUGUGCUAAAUAACUACCCGCUGUGGGCCAAGUUUCACAAGUUUCAGACCGAGAUGAUAAUCACCAAGCAGGGCAGGAGGAUGUUUCCCUUCCUGAGCUUCAACAUCAGCGUGUUGGAUCCGUCCGCCCAUUAUAACGUCUACGUAGACGUGGUUCUGGCCGAUCAGCACCACUGGAGGUACCAGGGAGGCAAAUGGGUCCAGUGUGGGAAAGCAGAGGGUAACAUGCCAGGGAAUCGGAUAUACAUGCACCCUGACUCUCCCAACUCAGGGGCUCAUUGGAUGAGACAAGAAGUGUCAUUCAGCAAGCUUAAGCUCACCAACAACAAGGGCAGCACCAACAACGUGGCACAGAUGAUUGUGCUCCAGUCGCUCCACAAGUACCAGCCACGUCUUCACAUAGUGGAGGUGAAGGAGGACGGCUCAGAGGACCCCUUCCUGUCCUCUAAAGCUCAGACGUUUGUCUUUCCUGAGACGCAGUUCAUCGCCGUCACGGCUUAUCAGAACGCAGACAUCACUCAGCUGAAAAUAGACCAUAACCCCUUCGCGAAAGGUUUCCGCGACAAUUACGACACGCUCUACGCUCCUCCCGACUCUGAUCGCCUCACCCCUUCCCCUACAGAGGGCCAGCAGUUGCUACCGGGGACCUGCUACCCACAGAGCUACCUUUCUGAACAAUAUAUUAGCCCCCUGUCGCAGACCCGCUUCUAUGGCCGUGAUCACAUCGGCAUGGGCCAGCAGCACAAAGACCCAUCCUCUAGCCCUGGACCCCACAGUCGCUGGUACCUGCCCCCACAGCAGAACAUACCACCGAACCGGCUUGACUUCACAUCCUCCUAUGAGGGGGACUUCUCUGGAAAUGGCUUCUACAAGCCGUUCCCCCUGCAGACGUCCGCUCACCAUGCCCUCAGCUACUACCCAGAGCAUCAUUUUGCGUCGAGCAGCGUAUCGGUAUCUGCGGCCGGGUCAGCAGGAUGGAGCACAAGCAGGCACACUCCACAGUAUCCCAGCAAACCCGCCCCCACUCUGAGCUGGUUCAGACCCAUUUCGUCGUCCUCCUCCUCCUCGUCAUCUUCCACGCCCCCCGGGAAUCCCAGGCUGCACCCACCUACGCUCCUGGAGUCCCUGCAGCCGCCCGUGCUGCAUGAAAAGCCGAAAGACCCCACCGGAGUGGCAGCUGAGGACCCCUGGCUCGAGCCACCCUCCGUCAAAUCAGCAGACUCGGCCGACUCGGGCAUGUUUGAGGGAAACAAGAAGAGGAGAGUCUCGCCCUACACGUCCAGCACUGAAAACUCCCCGCCUCCGCGUGCUGCAGAGGUCUGUGAAAAAGACAGCAACAGCGAUCCAGACUACUACGGCUAUUACGCUCACUGAGGGCCUCUUGUUUCAUCACAAACGUUUCUUAACGCCCUCUCACAGAGCCCUGAGUCUGUCCGGUCUGCCAGGUCUUCAUGAUGGAUUGAAACGAACAGAACCACAAAAUAUCAGCCCUCACAGCGGAAAAACAUCCACACCGUAAAGUUUCAUCUCACAAGAGUCAAAUGAUCACAGGAGGAACUGGUAAGGACAGUGACAAAAUGAACAAAAGUGGAUAUGACUGGGACUCUGGCCUACAGUCACAUAAACACCAAACAGACAUACAGAGGUGUGACUGAAGUCUUUGAAACAUCUGGAGAUUUAAGAGGGGGGGAAAGCCCAAACAUCUGCAUAUCUGCUUGCUGACAGAUGCCUGCAGGAAUUGUCUGUUCUUUCUGCAUCAAACCCACUCCGGCUGCGGUGCCAUGUCUCGUCUGUGUCUUCCUUCGCACCCUCAACCGUUUACACAUUUCUUCACGAUGUGCUCACAUUCAUUUCUCCCAGUGAUUCUUUGCCGAAACUGGUUAGCAAAAAAAAAACAAAAAAAAACAACAGAAAAACUCAUGUCCUCUCUAACCUUUGGCUUAUAAUAAACGAUGCAGCUCCCACUUGUGGCAGUAGAGGAGAAGUGCAAGCAGAUAGUGUAAAGGUCAAUGUCAGAGCAGGUUUUAGGACAGCUUUGCAGACUAGUGUUAAGAAUGGCAGUGACGGCAAAAGCACAAUAAAAUAGACGCGUUAUCUGAAGAUUGCACAGCAUCUGACAGUGAUCAUUGCAUAAUGUUUAAUCAUACACACAAAGUCAAAAACAAAGGCAGAUUCAGUUCCUUUCAUGUGUUCAAACACCAAGAAGUUUUCCAAAUUUUGUUUCUUUAUUACCUCAAACCUGUUUUUAAUGCCAUUCUGUGAUAGACCGAUGCAAAUUAGUGAAUACUUAAGAAGCUCAACAACUUUUUGAUACUUUUUUUUCUUCUUUUUUUUUAUUUUUUUACAAAUAAUGUAAACAAUGUGACAAUAUUGUUUAUAGAAUCCCUCUAGUUUUAUGGCUCUGUGCUCAAAGUGUGCAUGGAGAGACUGAAAUUUCUGACUAUUCUUCUGUGCAAAAACACCUGAACUUUAAAUUUCAAAUCAAUUGUUAAUCAGAGUUAAUUUUUGCAUUUGUUUUGAUCUAGAGUUCAUCUCAUGCAGGAAGAUGAUCUUCAGCUCCAGGAUCAAGUCUCUAUUGGGUUUUCUUGGGAAUAUCCAAUACGUAUCUGAGAUACGGAUCUCAGAUACGUAUUGGAUAUUAAUAUCUCAUAUUGGAUAUUCUCAUGAGUUACGUGUCUCUGCAGCUCCCUCAGAGUAACCAUGGGCCUCCUUCAUAGUUGUCUCAUUGUCCAGUCUGUCAAUUUAGGUAAGUUUGUAGUCGUGCUAUACUCUUUCCAUUUUCAGAUGAUGGAGAGAUCACUGCUCUUUAAAUUUGAAAUAUCUGCUGUAAACUUCAUUCGCCCUUUUUUUCCACUCAACGUUUAGUAGCAGCUGUAGGGUAACAAUUAAUUUAGAUAUUCCUUAUGGAAAAAGCUUUUAACAAGACCAGCUGUCCAAAGGCAUACGGGUGUAGAGUGCGAAGAUUCUGACCUUGCAAUAAUUAGUCAAUAUCAAAUCACUCCCGUCAACAAACAAAUAAACCCACAAUCAGUAUGAGCAUCAAUAACUCUCCAAUAGUGUCAUAGAGAGAAGCAUACAAGCUUUUAAAACACAGACAAAAUGGCAGUCAUUCUGUAGAUCAGUUGAUAGUAAGCCGCCCACAUGCACCUGUAGUUAAACUGACGAGGCGCUGUCAGCCUCAGACCACAAUAAACAGGAAGCACAAAGUGACCAGACCGACACUCUGAAUUUCCCCUCUGGUCUCUGGACCCAUCAUGUGGUGACGCUGGUUGACAGAGGCCCGGCUCCUCGUCAGGUGACAGAAAUAAAGAGUGAGGCUACAGUCGGAGCUGAUCAGAGGUCUGCUUCUCACUCCUCACCAGGUGUGCUGAAUGCCUCAGACAACACCGGAGGCGACAAGCGAGCACCUCGUGUUAUCUAUCAGGGAAAUUUCAAUGUUGACUGUCCAAGCUCAAAUUACUUACAUGGAGUUGGUGUCAACUGAUGGAACCAUUACUACUGUAACAAGCAGAAAUUCAACAACUGCCAUAUGCGGUUAAAGCUGAGUAGAAAUGCUCAUUUUUAAAAAGCAUGUUUAUAUUUUAACCUCUUUGUAAAUUUAAUGAGUUCUCUGUAAAUCUGCAGAGGAAAGAAAGCGAAAUAUUUAAAAGCAUUUCUGAAACAAUGUCCUUGGAAAAAAGGUUGCUGCAUCCACCUAUCCAUUUCUUUUCAUUGUUUAUACCCGCUCAUCCUUGCAGAGCUGCAGGGAGAACUGCUCCUAUCUACAGGGGUCCUGGACACCCUGGGGAGAUUAUCAGCAUAGAGACAUACACACAACACCCAUACACAGACAUAGUCAUACCUAAGAACAAUUUAGAGAGGCCAACUAACCUGAGUCAUGUUUUUGAACAUUGAGAGGAUGCUGGAGUACCCAGGGACAACCCACAAAUGCACAGGGAGAACAGGCAAACUCCAUGCAGAAACCAGCCGCCCACUGUGCAGCCACAAGCUAUGUCCUAUGUAGACUAAAUAACCAUAACAAAGAGCAAAAAUUAAGAUUCAAACUUUAAAAUUUUAUAGUAAUGUUGGUGCACCUGGGUGCUGAAACUAUCCACUUGUUUAGCCUAUUUUUUGCUAAAUGACACCAUGUACCUACUUAUAGUAGCUAAUAGCUAUAAUUUACUGGUGACAUGGCAUUAGCUGAAGCUAAUCAGCAGCUUUUUGUUGUUUAUUUAAUGCCAGAAAUUAAAUAAGGAGAUUAUGAAAUGUGUUUGUAAUGGUCUGAAUGAUAACAAACGUAAUGAUUCAUUAAAUAGUAACAAGGUGCUGAAAACACAUUAGAGAGAAAAUCUCAAUGUUUCUUGUGUUAUAUUUCUAAAAGAAAAUGUUUCUUAUUUAAUUUAUUCAUAUUUGUCAAAUAAUUAUUCUCGGAAUACAUUGAUGAAGGUUUUCCAGUGUUUUCCAAAAGGGCAUUUAAAUGAAAUGAAGAUGUUUUAGUUCGAGGGUGCUUGUGCAGAAACAAAGAGGAAAAAGUGUCACAGAAAUACCGGCCUGCAAAUAUAUCGGUUGCUUUUUUUAUUUUCUGUGGUCUCCAUGGUAUACAUAUAUACCAUAUAUAUAUACCAUAUAUACUUGUCUCCUCACCGACAAGGCGGCAAAAUCUCACAUCAAACAACUGCAUUAAAAUGCUGUCAGAUACCUCAGGAAGGGCCCCUGCUGAACAUCCCAGAUAUUAUGAUAAACUUUAACCAGUGACUUGGCUCCUUCAUAUUCCCAGUGUUUUUUUUUUUUUUCCUAUGGCACAUUUCCCUUUAGAUGAAAACAGGACUGCGUUUCUGGAGACUUUGCUGUACAGUUUUCAAAAAAAAAAAAAAAAGCAGAGCGUGAAUAAAGGAGACCACACAGCUCACGCCACAAAUGUUCGUUUCUGUGUGUGAAAGGUUUGUGCCGUUUAGGGAGCAGUAAUUGUUCUUUUACUCAUGAGAUGCUUGUAAACUGCAGCAAACAAAUGAGUAAUGGAGAUUUGUCGAGGAGGAAAAACGAAACUUAUUUAUUGAACAUGGCAUAUAUGUAUAUUUGUUGUUUUUUUAAUGAAAUUAAAGCUUUCACC